CACGCGUAGAGGACGCGCUCGGGCUGGUGUGCGUGCUCGCUCUUCGGUUCUGCUCGGUUCUGCUCCAGGUCGGUGAUUCGGCGCCUUGAUCAUCAUGACCUCGACCGGCGGCGGAGAGUUCGGCAACCCCCUAAGGAAAUUCAAGCUGGUCUUCCUGGGGGAGCAGAGCGUCGGGAAGACCUCCCUCAUCACCCGAUUCAUGUAUGACAGCUUUGACAACACGUACCAGGCUACAAUUGGCAUAGACUUCCUUUCAAAGACCAUGUAUUUAGAGGACCGCACGCAGGUGCGGCUGCAGCUCUGGGACACCGCCGGACAGGAACGUUUCCGCAGUCUGAUCCCCAGCUAUAUACGGGACUCCACAAUUGCUGUUGUUGUUUAUGAUAUUACAAAUCUGAACUCCUUCCAGCAAACGUCCAAAUGGAUCGAUGAUGUUCGAACAGAAAGAGGAAGUGAUGUCAUAAUCAUGCUUGUGGGGAAUAAAACUGAUCUGGCAGAUAAGAGACAAAUCACCACUGAGGAGGGAGAACAAAGAGCCAAGGAGCUCAGUGUCAUGUUCAUUGAAACCAGUGCCAAGACGGGCUACAAUGUGAAGCAGCUCUUCCGUCGUGUAGCUGCUGCUCUGCCUGGCAUGGACAGCACACCAGAGAAAAGUAAAGAAGACAUGAUUGACAUCAAGCUGGAGAAGCCUCCUGAGCAGCCAGUGACUGAGAGUGGCUGUUCCUGCUAACACCUCGAGAUUUCCCAGUCUGCAUCGGAGAGUCCGCUGCUGUCUAAAUGCAUUAAUGGAAAAAGCAAAGCGUCUAUUUAUCUCUUAGAUUCCCAGUGUGUGGAUGCAGUGUGUUCUUCAUCAUCUUUAAAUGGGGGGUGGGGGGUACCUGGGGGAAAAAGCCACAGUCCGCCUCAUCUCACUCAAACUGCAUGGUGUCGUGUAAGAUUGGAGAAUGAGAAUUUUAUGUAUGUAUAGUUUUUAUUUCUUGCACUUUUGGCACCCACUUGGUGCCUACUUAAAUCUAUCAAUGUGAUAAACUUAAAUGGAACUUUGUGCUGACAUGUUCUUGUUUGUUGCAGUGACUAAACCAGGAUGCAGACAUUAUGUGAGAAGUGGGGUUCACAUAUUUACCUAAAACUCUGUAAUAAAAACUAAGGUUGCUUUAAAAACGGAGGCUGUGUACUGUGGCCUUCAUAGCUGUAUGAGUAUAUUAUUUUUACGCUCAGUUGUUUGUUCUUUUCUUUAUUGUGCCCUGUGCUCCUCAUAAAGGAUAGGAUUUUUAAUUUACAUGAGAUUUUUAAUUGAUAUAAUAGAUAUUGGUUCCAGCCCACAGCUGUAUAUUCUUAAUGUUUGCACUUUGACUGGUGUGAUCUCACCGUGAUGGCAGUCAGUUCUUCAUUAUCUUGUAUCUGUUGCUAACACACUACAUAAACACCCAUUAUUAAACUGAACAGAUAUUCCUGUGAUAAUGUAUGUAACGCUCACGUGUCAUUAACCUUUUCGGGACUGGAUAAAUGUGUUUGUUUCUUUGAAAACCUUUUGCCUUAAUCGUGACUGAGGUUCUUAUCUGGUGAUCCUGCAAAACUGCUCUAAUCUACAAACACUUCUUCUUUUACUCUUUGGCAACAGACCAUAAACUACCACUUGGUUCAUACUACAGAGUGGCACUGUAUUGCCUAAUGCUAAAAAGCAACUGCAGAAAUGAUGUAUUGCUUUCUGCAAAGGAGAAUUUCCAGUGGGUCUGUCUCUGUAGUGUCUCCUUGGUAAGGCUAGUUACACACUAGUGUAAUAGAGAUGCAGUUUUGAGUCUGUAUUAGGGCUGCAAGCCAUGUUCUGGGUUGGGCUGAGUGUUGUGGCCGCAGUAUGGACACACAAAUGUGGUCUUGUAAUAGCCACAUGGAACCCAUAUGAAACUGUACUUAAAGAUAGUGGAGGAAAUGUAUCAAAUCCUGUUCAGAGGAAAAGUUGCUGAGUUGCUCAUAGCAACAAAUCAGAUUGCUUCUUUAAUUUUUCAGAGGCUUUUCCAAAAAUGAAAGAAGCAAUCUGAUUGGUUGCUAUGGGCAACUCAGCAACUUUUCCUCUGCACAGGUUUUGAUUAAUCUCCCCCACUGGCCUUUAAAAAAAGGUGUUAACAUUGCCACCGGUCCGAUUUAACUUUCAUUUUCCCAGAGGAAUGUGAAGAAGUGAUCCAACUUGGUCCUUUGUUUAUUCACAUAUAUGUUCUGCAGUAUCCCCCUCAUCUCUUUCGGGCUAUAUGCUGAUGGCUCCUCUCUAUCACCUCUUGUGCCCGGCCUAUGCUGCAUCCUGGUCCGGUCGCCUUGCUGUUUUUUAAUGUUUUUAUUUUUUAUUAUAGGUUCUUAUGUUUGUUUUUUUCCUUGUGUGUACAGGGUUAUCCCAGCCCUCUGGGUUAGAGCCUUCGAUCUGUCAGUUGUAUUGUUAUUGCAAAUAUCUGGAUUGUACAAAAUAAAUAAAAGCUUAAAAAAAUAAAUACAGAUAAUGGAUAAAUUAUAUAGUGAAAAACGUUCUCUCCACUUGAAUACUCUUUGGAUGUCUUCUAUUGCGUAUCUGCCCCAUAUUACUACUCCAUAGCUGUAGGUGUGACUAUUACUGAGUAACUAUAUGAACACAGCUGUGUCACUGAAUAAAAUCUACACCUAUCAA